CUACCCUGCAAGCGUCGGACGGAUAACCCGUCAGUAGUUGUUGAGUUGGCAGCGUUGAUACCCAACCGGGAUUUUGGGGCAGACCGCGCGCGUUCGGAUGCUAUUACUGUGUUCUAGUUCACAGGAACUGCUGUGGAAAGCCAGUUUCAGUUUCGUUACUUGACGUCGUUUAGAUCUUGCUGGGAUCGUGUGAGUGCGUGUGUGUUGUUGAUAGUGUCUAGCUUUUUCCAAUGGCCGAUCGCAGUAAGCUGUGAGGAAAAGCUAGUGUAAAAUAUACUGAACAGAAGAAAGAAAAAAAAACUGACAGCCAAAUGGUGCAACCGUGCGCUCCUCUAAAACAACAAGAAAUAACAAGCAGUAAAAGUGCAUUUUUCACUGUCAGCUCAGUGAAAUGCGAAGAGUGAGGGUGCGAAAUCCGAAGUGCUUAUCAAGCUACAUCGCAUCCUAGUUGAAUCCGUUGAUAAGGGAUGAUGAUGUUGUUUUUUUUCCUGUGCUGUUGAUGAUUAUUACUUUAUAAUGGAGAAGUGGUGAGGAAUUUCCGUGUGCCGGUUGUGAAACAACAGGAAAAAAAGUGACGUCGAGUCGGAAGAAAAAUGAAUUAUUGGACGAAGAAGUGAAAAUAAGUUGUUUCUGUGUUACCGGGGAUUCGGUCCGAAAACAAAACACGAAAAAAAGAAUAAUAAGUUGCCAAACAAGCAGCUGUUCUGUGCCCCGGUGUGGUGCUUCUUCUGUUGCUCAAUAUUAUUAAGUGGAGGAAGGAAAGCGGCUGCGAGAACGACGAGAAACGACGACCGAACAACCGGAUCCUGGCGGCGUACAGUGUGGCAGCGGCGAUAAAUUUCGAUUAGACAAUCGGUGAUCCCGCGGGAGGUAAAGCCAAGUGAUUUAGUGCAGUAAUCUCAUAAUUGAGGCUAGCAUAGAUGGGGAAAAAAGCGGUGUGAAUUUCUGUGAAGAAACUGCGAUGGAGUGACUCGGGCAGCUCAAGCGUGGAGCGAAAUUAGAUCAGUUCAAGUUAAGUUGAGAAGCCUAGUUUGCUAGUUGGACGUGCCUGGAAAGUGUUGAUACACACGGGAAUCCAGUUUCCUUCCGGGUCAGAGCAGACGCGCGGUAGUGACAGUGAGAGUUUUGAGUGGAGAAAAAGUUUAAAACCCCAAAAUGAGCCCGUCACUCAGAAUUAGUUUGACAUCGUCGGCGGUGCUGGUGCUGGCCUCCUUGCUGAAUCUGGUGGAAGACGUGUCAUCCUUCCAGCCGGAUUUCGCCGAACCAAUUAUCAACAUUUCGGUGGCCAUCGGACGGGAUGCGACAUUCACCUGCCACGUACGCCAUUUGGGUGGUUAUCGGGUCGGCUGGGUCAAAGCGGACACCAAGGCAAUCCAGGCGAUCCACGAGAAUGUCAUCACCCACAAUCCGCGCGUUUCGGUGUCCCACGCCGACCAGAACACCUGGAAUCUGCACAUUAAAUCCGUCACCGAGGACGACCGGGGCGGUUACAUGUGCCAGCUCAACACGGAUCCGAUGAAGAGUCAGCUCGGCUAUCUGGACGUGGUAAUUCCGCCGGAUUUCAUCGCGGAAGACACCUCUUCGGACGUGAUCGUACCCGAGGGAAGCUCCGUAAAGCUCACCUGCAGAGCAAAAGGAUACCCGGAACCAGUGGUGACGUGGCGUCGCGAGGAUAGCACCGAAAUCGUUCUCAAAGAUUCAGCCGGCACCAAACAGGGCGUGAACUCUUACCGGGGCGAGGUGCUCAAGCUGACCAAGAUCUCACGGAGCGAAAUGGGGUCCUAUCUGUGCAUUGCGUCCAACGGAGUGCCCCCGUCGGUGUCCAAGCGGAUUUCGCUGAGCAUUCACUUUCAUCCCGUGAUUCAGGUGCCAAAUCAACUGGUCGGUGCACCCCUCGGCACCGAUGUGUCAAUCGAGUGCCAGGUAGAAGCCUCACCAAAAUCCAUCAACUACUGGGUGAAAGAUACAGGAGAAAUGAUAGUGUCAUCGCCCAAGUACCACGUGCAGGACGUUACCAAAUCGUUGUACGAGACCAAAAUGUCGAUGACGGUCAGAUCGUUCCAGAAGGAGGACGUCGGUUCCUAUCGGUGCAUCGCGAAGAACUCGCUCGGUGAAGUGGACAGCAGUAUUCGGCUGUACGAAAUCCCCGGUCCGAAUCGCAAGCUGUACGGUCCCAAGUACGGAACGGACCAGAAUGACAUCGUCAAACCUGGUCAAGCCGCCGGCGGCGGCGGCGGUAAAUCGAAACAAUCCUACCCGCCAGACGACGAAGAGCAACAAUACGGUGGCGGUUCAGCGGAAGAUUUCGAUGAGAUCAUUGACACGAUGCAGCACCAACAUCACCACCACCACCAUCAGCAGCAGCAGCCCGGUGGCAGACCAACGUCCCGGUCACCGUUCGGUUCGCUGGACCAUCCGAACAGCGUCAACGGGGAAAGGAUCGGCGGCCGCGGUGGUAACGGAGCAACGUCCAUCGGUGGCUCUAGUAGCAACGGUGGUGGUGCCGGCAGCAGCAGCAGCGCCAACAAUAAAAAUCUGAUAGCACUGAUGAAUGAUAUUGGCACGAGAAAGCCGUUCGUUAUACCGCCGGGCCGAGGAGCCGACGGUAGUCUGGAAGGUGGUAGCAAUGGGGCACGACGGGGUGCACGCUUUGGUGCCGGCAUUGCGGAACUUGCCGUUCCGGCUCGGCUGCUGCUGGUGGUCCUUCUGGGAGCCAGCUGGUUCGCGAUUUACUGCCGACGGCAUAGUUUAGUGUAAGGAUGGUAUCGCGCAGGUAUGUGUGUGUGUGUGCCAUCAUAAUAAUAGGCUCUUAGGCUAUAACGCGCUCUAUUAAUAGAGGUGCAACAGGGAACGACAAAGUGCGCUCUGAAAAUUUAGAACAACGCAGGACGGGGACGAGUAUUGUUCUUCUUUUGUUACCGAGCUAUACUGCUAGUAUGAUAAAUAGAGGAAAAUAUAUCUUCAGGGGACAGUGUUAGAGGGGAAAUGGGCAGGUUCGUUGUACAUUGGAUGUAAAUUGGAGUAAUAAUUGCAGGAUGUAAAGAUUAGAUAUGUACAUUGCAGAUGCCAGCAUACAAAAGGCUUAAUAGUUGUUUCACCGUGUUUUUUGUUAAACGAACUUAUGGUUGAUGAUCGUAUCAUAAAUAUUGAGUUGUGUUAUUUGCCUGGAGAAUUUAUAAUAGAAGAUAAAUGUCAUCUAUUUGGGUUAGUCAAACAGCUGCUACUGUUUCAACAAAUUGUAUAGCUUCUACAAACAGGUCAAGCCAGGGUACCGAUCACUGAAGUUAAUUGAAUUAAGUAGCGUAAAUAACCGUCGGUCACAAGGCCUGUAACGCAAUUUCUAGGUGUCUUGGUGCGAAAUUCUUUCAAAUCAUUACAACCAACAAUCUACACGUGAACAAGGAUCUCGAACCACGAGUCAAUUAAACUGCAAUACGGACCGCGUUCGGAGAAUCGUGGUCAAUGUUGUCAAUUGCAUUCAACAAUACAUUAAGAACUGCUUAGUACCGCAAUGCGAAUAAGUCCACAAUUCAAUUGAGACCAAAUGAGUGACAAAUCCACAAGAUAAACUCUUCCCACUCGAGUAGAUUUAAUUCCCCUAUCUUCCCAAACAACAAGCUGUUCAUCGUUCAGGGAAACAAUCCCAACAGGAAACAACGGCGGUGGUGGUGUGGAAAACAGAAACCACGGAAACCAUCAAACGACACCUUUCAGGAAACAUAACAAACCAUCGCGUCGUCCUAUCAGCGCGCAGAGCUUUGGUUUCAGCUCGUUAAAACAGUUGUCUUCUGUUUCGUGGUGUAUGUUUGCUAGAAGCGAACGGGAGCGGGAGAAGACGGUGGUGCAUUUCCAGGAAACGGAACUCCAUCAUUUUCCCCUGCCUUGUCUCUGCGGGUGGCUCUCCUCCACCCAUUCACAAUCCCAGUCGGUGUCUAUAAUAACAGACGCCGAGUCGUGUCACGCCGACAACGCAACAAACGGGAAGGUUGAUAUUAAAUGGCACAAUAUGAUAUAAUAAUUAUAUUUUAAUUAUGAAGUCAUUAUCAUCGAGCUUCUGGUAGGAGCUGCUUCCGAGAGUAAUUUGCCGCCCCAACCAUCCCCGUGCCGUGUGCUCAGUCGGUAUUCCGAGAAGUGGCCGGAUUUGCGUGAACAAGGUGGGAAACUUGAGUUAACUAACACUUUAUGGUUUGCUUGAGUUCAGAGAGAGAGAGAAAUUGAUGAUUGGAUAAUAUCUGUUUAGUGAAGCGAUCGUGCAGGUAGUGCUACGUGUAAGUUGAUGCAUAUUAGGAGAAUAAAGGACGAAGGUUAUUCGGUUAAAUUUGAAUCUGAGAAACUUCCUUUAUGACAAUCGGAAUAACUAACUUUUGAGGAAAACCAUAAUCCAUAAUUGAAGAUAAUUUGAACCCAUUAUUAUACUACAACUUUUUCAAUUUCUAAGGAAAAGGAUUCCCUAUGACAAGUUCGAGUUACUGGAAACCAGAAGUAUAAAAAUGCAGAAAAAGGAAAAUUAUCUUCCACUUAACACUCCAUUGACUCGCGACCCCAUUCCCCGGGAUGAACAAGCGAGAGAACGCAGAUACGAUGUCAUCGGAUGAACCAACCGGUAAAUAUUCGUGUCUAUAUGAUACUAGGAACUAGUAUAAUCGGCAAAAGAUGCCUCCCCCCAUCCCCCUUGCUCACCACCAACCACGCAUCGAUUGCCGCAUCGAACAAAACUGAACUCAACCUGAAGGGGAACAGAAGCAGAGCGGGGCACAAAGAAAUUAUCUUCUCUGAACCGCAAAAUAACAAAAGAGGGGCGAGAAAAGGACUGUCAGCUACCGCAGACCAUAGACCGCAGCAGGAUCCGUUUCUUUACGUUUACAGUGGUGGACAAAGUAAUAAGACUACGGCAUAGAAAUACAAGGUUAUUAAUUUAUUAUUUCGAAGUGUGACAUCUUGUAAGAACUCGGCGUAAAGAUAUUGGUCCAGAUCAACCUGCAUGUUGUUGUUGUAAACAGACGCACUGAACUUGAGUUUUCUGUGUCUCGUAGUAUUUUUAAUUGUCUGAUUUACUUACCCGAAUCACCCGAUGGCGCUGUGUUGGUUUGACAAAAAAUCAUUGUCUAAUUAUCGAUAAAUAACGAAUAGAAGAUCAAAAGCAGAAGUUCGUAGGUAUUUUCAUUUUUCCACAAAAAAUUCUCAAGUAUUGCUUGAUUUUCCGUCGAAUCCAGGAGGUUUGAUUUGUGUGUAAUUCCCCACAAAAAAAUUACGCGCCGUCUCCGCCAUCUGCACGCGAGUAACGGAAGGUGUUUCACCCAUUUCAAUCUGGCGCAUAGUGAGAUAAGAUCAAAAAGCGGGCAUAUGGCGGGUUGGCGGCAACCGUGAGUUCAACUCUCCCGUUAAUGGAAUUGAGAGAAGUGCAUGCCGCGGGCAUUGCGGAUUGGGUUUUCGCCGUACUUGUACUCCUAGUAUGCAGCGAUCCACACUAGGCCUGUUGUCUAGUUCCAUCAAGAACCUGUACUGGCUGUAUGAUGAUUGUGCAGAAAUCCGGUUCCGCUGGUCCUAUCGUGGUCACAAAAAGCUAUGGGAAGCUGUAGAUAAUCUAAACGCAGUCAUCUCAAAUCCCUCGAGCCGCAUUGAGACUCACUUUCCGGCUAAUUCUGGUUCUGUAGCUCAAAGGAGGCUACUUGUCAAGCGACUUCCGUGGGACCGCUCAUUCCAAGUCGCGAGAAUAAUGUAAAAACUCGGGUCACUGUCACCGUUGUCUACGGUACUAGCGCCAUUCAGCCGGGAAUUAGAAUACUUGCUGAUAAUCGGGAUCAAUUCUGAGUCUAUCUGAGCCAUCUCUACCCGAGCCAUACAGGGGAGCAAAUGAUUGCUAUGACCCAAGAAUGCCUCGGAAAAAGCAACACCCUCCAAGCCAUUUUGUUGGUCAAGAAGGAUACCGAUCUCACGAAACUCAGUUUCAUUUCUUUCCGAGGUUAGCUUCCGAGCGAACUAAAGGAAACUGCACUCAAAGCGUCUACUCGGCCGACUAGAGUACUCGUUCGUGAAUUUAAUUUCGACCAGCCAAAGCUAGAUAGAUUUCGUUAAUCGGAUACCGGGAUGCACCGCCGCUUGUAUUGUGGAAACCCUCAAUUUCUCCGCUACAGUCCAGCUAUUGCAGCCAACGUUCGCCAGUCGAUCCAGUCGUGUGUGCUGAUGUGGAGAAAGAGUCUUCUAAACCUCCUACUGUUGCACGUAUCCGGCAUCCAUUCUAAAUAAUUCAAGCGCUGAAAUGUUCCCCGAUUCCAGUUAAUCGUUACUCGUCUCUUCCCUCACUUGGACGCACACUUGCCGCCAGUCGUAAGGAAACCCACUAGUCCCCCAAUGACAGUCGAGCCUUUCCUGCCAGCGACCAGCAGACGUCCCGGUUUUGUUAGUGGAGUUGGGAAAAGAGGUCUUCCGCAAGCCUAUCUCAGGCUAGUACCAAUGCGUCUAUGGGCUCUUUCUUGCCUCAUAGCUUUUCUAUUUCUAGCCUUGGUCAACGACGGGACAAGCUGCUGAUAUUGUACCAAAAUGUAGCUGGUAUCAACUCAGCCGGUGAGGAGUAUCGCCUUGCAAUCUUCGACAGGAGUUUUGACAUCAUUGUCUUCGUCGAAACGGGGUUGAACGAUGAACCGUUUUCCAGUCAGAUUUUCGGUACUGGAGGUGUUUCGUUGUAACCCUAGCAAUAGCCGAAAAUGCAUCGGAGGUGGUGUGCAGUUAAUACCUACUCGAGGGUAAGAAUUGUCGAGAACAUUUCUUGGAUUUGCCUUGAGCUUGACGACCGAAUGUUGCACUUGUGGGCGUUGUGCUAGCCAUCGCAGUAUCGCGUACCUAUUUUUCUCCAUCGAUUGGGAAAAUAUUCUGGACUCGUCGAUGUCGAAACCGCAAGGUCAAACUUUUCCCAGCGUUCUGGAGUACGCUAUUGAAAGUCGGUUCCGAAGAAAGUUCAUCUCCAACAAACCGGCAGUUUACCAAGUAACACAUAAUACAACUCACUGAUGUAAUAGUCUCAACCAUACGUAUGAACGAGCCAGUGUUCGACAUUCAGCAAAAUAUUUAGUGUAAUCUUGAGUCGUAUCCCAAACGUUUCUGAAAAUAUGCGAAUGAGCAACACAAAGAAUCUGGACUGGCGUCGUCCAUGGCUCUUAAUAGGAACACAACUUCCACAUGUACCUCUUUCGGUUCGGAAAAAAUCGCAAAUAUGUUUACAGAUGAGGCACUGCACUAAAUCCGGGUGCUGUAGAUAUCGAUACAACGAUGAUUACGAGCUUCCUGUCGGUGUAAGUCAUCUCACAAUCCGGAACCCGACACAGGUUCUCCUCCGCUAUUCUUAAAAGGCACGUCGGAGCUUUGAUUACUCCAUAUCUUUCGAGCAUCUAUUGCUAGAGCUAUUUUUCCAUCUUGCUGGAAAUUCCCGAACAUGUUCCCAGUCCAUAAAAGAGGUUUUUAUCGUACCGCGGAAUAACUUUACUGAGUGGAACCUCUAGGCUCACUGUAAACAGUACCUAAGUGACGAUCAAUACAAUUUCACGUCUGGACGGUCACCUGCGUGUAUCCUGCUAUGUUAUAUCCUACAUAACAAACGCCGCGCUCAAACCGACGUUUUUACACUAACUGCCGCUUUCGAUAAGAUAUACUGGAGAGAUUUGGAAUAAAUUGUGGUUUCGAUCCUACCCAACAGAUAGAGAGACAGCGGUUGUCAUAGGAGACUGUCAGGGCCUCACCUUCACGUCUACGUCUGGAAUACCUCAAGGAAACCAUUUGGGACCGUUGAUGUUUCCGCUAUACUUCAAUGAUGUAUAUCUAGUUAUGAAGACUCCACGAUUGUCCUUCGAGGACGAUCUCAAGGUUUUUCAUUUAAUUUGUUCAAUUGAAGAUUGCAGAUUUCUCAAACUUGCCCUUUGCUAAUUGUUAUUACACCAGAGCUUGAAAAAAUUGAUAUCCUUGCGUGAACUUGAAAGAAAAUAAAAUUCAAUUCAUGCCCGCUGUGAUGAAUGAAAUGUUUGGUUCGUUUACCUCGUCAUUCGUUCUCCCGAUGCAGCGCAUUCAGGUUCGGACAUGUUUGGUUUCAGAAGAAAACUGAAUUUUGUUUAUUUUCUACCUAUCAGAAGGAUUAUAGAGCAAAAGUGCACCAGAUUACGCAGUUUAUUUAUGCUCGAAAAUGUAGAAGAUGCCAACUUCUGCCUUCAAACUGUCCACAUAACAACAAAUGAAUGAUUUGGUUGGCGAAGGAAUUUGUAUUUCCUCUGCACUCAAGUAUUCGAUUCCGCAUGAAAUUUCAGUCGGUGAGGCGGUGAAUGUGAAUGUUUGUUUCGGUAAAUACAAACAGAAAUAAGUAAUUGAUUUUGAAAUUUCGCAGCACUGCAUAACUCCAACCGAAGUGCUUGCUAAUAAUAUUUUUACAGAAGAAGGAUUUGAUUUAUUUUGACAACCGUCUACUAGGAACAGAGAUCUGUUAUUAAAUCUUAUUCUCUACAAGUUUCUAACAAAUUCACUGAAAAUAGGCCUUUUAUUCAGUUUUUGAUAUUUCUCAAAGUACCAUAAAAAAUCUAGCAAAGAACGAAAAUCUUACCUGAGGCCUGUGCACUCAAAAAAAACGUAAUAAGCUUUUCAAAAGUACAAGUACUAAUAUUUUACGUUGCAUAAUAGUCCUUUUCUGGCUAAUAUUUUUAGCGCCUGUAUUAUUGGCAGCACUGAAAUUACAAGUCACUUCGAAUCGUCUAUCUGUCAAAGUUCACUCGAAUGUUCACGACCAUCCCACGAUUUUUACCGGAAAACUGGAAAAUUCGCCAUAAAAUGUCUUCGAACAAAGUAAACCAACGUGAAGAUCAGAGAAGGCUUUGCGUUUUUGAUAUCAUUCGUAAAGGAAAAGAUGUAUUGUUUGGACCACUCUCAGCCACAAUAACGAAGCAGAUGCGUAAUUGGGCAACGUUGAAGAUUAUGCCACUUCCGGUGAAAAUUUCAACGUGUCGACAUGUUGGUUUUCACCGAGUGCUAGAUAAUUCGCUUUUUUCACCUUGAUUGGGCGAAUUACUCGUGCUGUGGUGGACCAAUUUUGUGGCGCUGCGAGUUUAUCGUCGGUUAGUCACAAAAAGUAAAGUCCAUUGGACUAUAAACGAAAAUUAACUGGCAAUAUAGCUUUAUAUGCUGUGCCAUUUUGGGCUUUGUUUCACAAACAAGCCAAACAGAAGCGAAGAAGAAGAAGAAGAAGAAGAAGAUUACGCCAAAUCUAUUGGAGCUUUGUCAAGGAGAAAAGAACCUAUGUACAUUCAAGUUUUUUUUAUGGACAAAUAUCCGAAAAUGUUGAUAAUGCGUGCGAUUUUUUUUCUAGCAAGCUGAUAUUCUAGUAAACAACUAAUUGAAAUAUUGGGAAAAGUCAGACAACGCCAAGAAAACAGAAAAUAGCAGGGGUCUUGAAGCUAGAACUAACGAUAACUGCAACUGUCGACAUACUAUAGUCCACGACAUUCUUGGUAAAGAUUUGCUAGUCUUUGAGGGCAUAAAAAAGUGUUAUUUCGUGAAGUAAUGAAAUAAUUAAUGAGCUCUAAAUUAAUUAUUUCAUUACUUCACGAAAUAACACUUUUUUAUGCCGAAACGCUCUCAUUGUUUUGACCGACACUGUAUGUAGGGUGAUUUAUAGAUUCCAACGGAAACGAAUCCGAGUGAAUCGUAAAACCCGUUGGCGCCGAACUAUUAGCUGGCGGGAAGUGUGAACCAAGCCCGGUAUGUGCGAAUACGAGAAAAAGUGAGUGCUGCCUGCUAGUCUCCGCUAACAUAUUCUGAUGGAAACUGGAGUUCUUUUUUAUGGUUUAAGAACAAAGGAAUGGAAGUAAUACCCCAGUUGGGGUAGCUAAUAUGUAGUAGCGAUUUAGAUACAAAAAAAAUCAUGUAUGGUCUAAUAAAUUUAAUAGUUCCUGCAUCAAUAAUUAGGUGGAGAUACUUACGGGAGUUAACCGAAUCUUACGAAUGCUGGAGCUAAUCGAGCAUGAUGUCACAGAAUGAAUUCAUACUGAGCAGCUAUCGCUAUAGAUAAGACAUUUAGGCCAAAACAAAAUGUAUUUAAAAAGUUGUCUGUACUUUCAAAUUGAUAAUCGUUGGAAACAAGUUUUUCACUAUUAUCGUCUGCGCAACUGUUUACUACAUGAGUUUGACAGUUACACUCCAAUUGCAUUACAUCGAUCGCUGCGCCACCUAAUGUUUCAGGCGGCUGCUUUAUUCGGAAUUGCAGUUGUGGAUGUUUACACACAUUUCGAAUUGAGCCUGUUAUCUGUGAUCUAGCUUAGAAUUCAUCUCGUCAGUAACUGGAACUAACUUGGAGCCAGGUGUACGCUAAAUCUUAACUAGCACCAAUUAGACACUAAAACCAGAGUUUUUAUGCUUAUUUCCAGAGAUAUCACUCGGGAUUAGCUAGUUUCCAGUCACAUAAGUUGUGUGACUGUUUGGAGUUAGUUUUUAGCCGGUGCCGCUUUGGUGCUAAUUUUGAUUUAGCAUCUAUCCGAUCCCACACUGGUUACCCUGGAGCGGCGGCUUAGAGGGUGUGACGCUGGUCUCGUAAGCCAGUCGUCAUAUGUUUUAGCCCGUAUUAGGAGGGAUCAUCAGUGUUCGCAGGAUCGUAGCCCUAGCCACGAAACGUCCUUUACAUUAAGAAUUGGCUGCGAAGUCGGUUAAAACAGAACGUGGAAAUUCAGCAAAAGGAUUAUAGUACCAAAGUUUUGCUUUUGGUCCCAAGAUGCUGCUAGUUACUGACGAGAUAAUGUUCUCUUGUUGUCCCAUUUGCUACUUCCGCAGCAGUCCUUAGCGAUUAAGUAUGGGAAGUUAGCAAGGCACUUUUUUUUAAAUCUCCCUAGCGACAAAGCGGCUAAUCGCCGGAUCAAUACAGUGAACAUCCCAGGGGAAACCUUUGUCCGCCCUGUUUUGUUCCCCAUGGCGCGCAAAGAGUGAAGGAUUGAUAAUUGCUCACUUUUUAAGAUCUUUACCCUUUUUUAAAGAAAAUUAUAGAAACCUUCAAACAAUGAAUAUUAUUUCCGAGGCGUGAAAGCCCAAGCCUUGCGUACCAGUCGACUCUGCUCAACAAAUUGGUUCAAUGUCUGUUAUCGAGAAGGAUUGUUCAACAGACACCACUGUCUGCUGGCUCGUGGUAGAAUCGGAUUGUUAGUGCAGUAAUUUGUAGUAGUUAAGCCUACCGACCAAACCUAAAGCUCUUGUUUAUCUCAAUCCUCAUCCCUCCGGAGCCACUAUUUCUGCUUCUAUUCUUUUUGUUUUGUGUUAAUCGUUCAUGUUUUCUCCAUUACUAGUUUUUCAGAUUCUUCUUGGUGCUACUCGUUACUAUUUAUCCGCUAGCUGCUGCUGAGAAUUUUUCGGCGGCGGUAUUUCUCCCGAUACCGAGGCCCGUUUUCGUGAACCAUUUUGCAACUUCGACCGAGAUAUUACUAGCAGUGAAAUUUCUCCUAAUUACAAUAUCCUGAUUUUCUUCGACUUCGUAUUUUUCCUUAGCUCCCAUUGCUAGCUCGCUGACCGUCCCUUAUCGUGUAACUGGUCUACUCACAAAUAUUGCUAAUAUCGAAACAUGUCCAAAGGUGAACCGACCUGGAGAUGCGGACCAACUUGGCUUUCAUCCCUUUCCAGCCAUUCUCUCAAAUCUAAACCCGUAAUGGGAGGGGUUUGAACUGCCGAAAACCCUCCCCUUGCACACGGGUCUGCCUAGGGGAACGAUAGUUUGGAAGUGGGAGGAAAUCAUAUAAAUACUAUAAAUACACUUUAGCUUUUGUUUGUUUUCUUUUUGAGAGAAUGUAAUUUAAUGGAAUCAAAAAAUAGGAGACAGUUUCAAAAUUGAUUUUGAUAAGAGAGGCCUAUUUGAUUGAGAGAGACAUUUUUAGGAAGAGAUAGAGGGUGAAUAACGAUGACAGAGAACUUGCAGUUUGUGGCAAACGACGUUAGUAAAAACCUUGGACUGCCAAGGCAGCACACAGUGGGAUGUUGGGUGGUCCUACUCGGACCCGUAGCGAAUCCUCCAGCAAUCAAUUCCGGUUGACGCAAAUGCGCUCUGGUGCGAAUCGGCACCACAAGAGAUCACGUUGGGUGGUCUUGCUCUUGCCGGAAAGGAAUUCAUUAGCCGCGACAUGGCAGAACUAUACACGGUGCAUGUCCAGACAAUGUUUUCGAUGUCGUGAUAGCCGUUACCACAAACACAGACACCACCAUACACGAACCCAAUACGUCGGAGAUGUCCAUCGUAUAACGGCUUGAGAUGAGUCGGGACGUCGCACGAAUGAAUUCACGACCCAAAUCCAUCCCCUUGAAUUAAAGUUUCGUCGAUACCUUCGGAACUAUCGAAUGCUCCCCAUUGCUUCACGAAGUUUGCCGAUUAUUCGAGAGUUCUCUGAUGAGUAGUAGUAAAAAAUUCGAUCAAGCAAAUUGGACUUUUAUAAAUGUCUGAAUGGAACAAUGAGAAAGGACCAAACCAAGCAAGGCAUGGAAAAAAUUCAGAUAAAGCACUCAGUAUUUCCCGUAAAUUACGAAGAGUGCUUUUCAUGUUUCAAGCUCCUAUAACUUAGAUUUGCUCAAUUAUUUACAGACUUUUUGAAUAUUUUUUAUACACAAUUCACCUAAACAUUCAUAGUAUCUUGUUGGCGCAAUAUGCUGCUGCGUGUUGGGAUUUUUUUUCCUUGGUGGUGAAGCAUUAGGUGUCCGCCUCAUCUUGGGAGUCAAGCGGCCUUCGCUCGCGUUAUCGUACUCAUCUCUGUCGUCAUCGGCACUGCUUUCUUGCUGUUCACGAUCGCGUGAUUUUGUUUGAAUUUUGUUCCUGUGGGUUGCUAUUGCGUAUCCGGCUUCUUACACACCAUUUUUUUGUAUUUUGCUUCAGCAAAAUAUUUUGCCGAAACUUUUCAGCAAAACUGGAUUUGCUAAGAGAUCAGCUUUGCAAUUUUUGUUUUGCUGAUUUUUAGUAAAGCCCAUUAUUUUGACGAAAAUCAGCAAAUCUAUAGAAUUUUAAUGCUAAAACAAUCAGUGAAAGAAUGGCAAAUUUGCUGAGUUCCAGCAAAUCAAACUGACGGUUCAGCGAAUUUUGACAGUUUUGAAUUGCUGUAAUUUCAGCGAAAUAUAUUUUGCUGGAAGUAUUGCUGAUGUUUCAGCAAGGAAAAAUUCAGCAAAAUUUUGCUGUUAUUCGGCAAUCAAAAUUUAGUGUGUAGGUUUCGCUGUUGAUGGUGCUACUUGAUGAUUUUCAGAUAGUAGGUGAGAUUGUUGUUGAGUGAAUAUUAGUUCUUGUCAAAUCCACAGAUAUUGGUUUAGCAGCCGUUUGUGGUUUUGGGUAAGAUGAUUGUGUGCUGCUUUUGGUUGAACCCGAACUUUCCCGACUAAUUGACGCUCUUAAGCGGAUUAAUUGUAACAUUCUGUAAUAAGUCGUCGAAAAAGUUUUGAUUUAAUAAUGUUUUUCUUAGCUACUUCUGUGCAAGAUUCGCCGAAGGUGGGUUUUUUUGCAGAAUUUAGCUUGGGUGCGUGACCAGUGUUGUCUGAUGCAAGGUGCCUUUUUCCCAAACAUGCGGGAAGUUCCUUCAAGUAUCAGCUGUGGCGGAAAACACUUUUAAUCUUGCCGUCAGGAGUACGUGGAACCAUAGGCGAACUUCUCUGGUAUCGUUCUCUAUAUGUACGCCGAUGCUGAUUUUGUCGUGUCCGCAUUCGACGAUGUGCUGUACGUUAUUUCGCGAAACGAAUGACUGUUUGAGGUGGUGCCCGUAGUGGACCUACUAAUUGCUGUGUAUCGACACUCAUCACUAUUUCACACAGUAGGUAUAUGUAACGUGUUUGUGCACUGGAUAAAGAACAACGCGAUAGAUCAAUUAUUUGCUUGCUGCUCUGCUGUCUAUAGCGAAGCGAUAUUUUCGUCCAUUAUGAUGAUGAAGAUGAUGGCUUUGAAACUAUCAUUGGGACCAGGUUUUUGUGGAUUUUUAAUAUUAACAUUUUCAUGUCCAACUUUUUUCUAAUGUAUAUAUGGUUCCAAACUACUUUUGCAUAAGAUCGUCGGGGUCAAGAAACCUAAAAACUCUGUUUAGAUAAAAAAAUGUGCUACUCUCCCAGUGUUAGAAGCUGCUCAAUUUUUACCUUCCGUUGCUCAAUAUAUUUUUUAUAAAAUAUUUACAAUAUUCCAAAUGCUUGGAAAAGAUAGUCGAAGACAGUCUAAAUUGAUUGGUUUUAACAAUUUUCAAUAAUAGUCCAAGCCAACGAUAUUAUCUUAAAAUUUAUUUUUUUACUGUCAGAGUUAGAGAUGCAAACAGUGGCAUUAACAUCCCCUUGGCCAGCUUUCUGACAUCUGUUAGUCGUUCCAACCUUAGAUGGACAGACAACCAGCGAAUUUCAACUUUAAUCCAUAUUAAGUUUGUUAAAAAUACCUUAGUUUUUGUCCGCAAUUACAAAUAUCUGACCAGAUCGGAAGUUUAUAAAAAAAUUAUCAGUAAAAAAUGAAGUUGAACUUGUUCGGAAACCGUGGCCAUGGUCCUACUUUAGUGUUCGGUACAGUUGAUUGCUGAAACUGGAAAAAAUAAUUACCUUCCCGCAGAUAGAUUCUACACCACAAUCAGCGAAGAAUUCAAAUUAUCGUUGGAGAUAUUUGCAAUCUUCAAUUGAACGGAUGAAACGAAACAUUUUGAGAUCGUCUGUGAAAGAUCGGAGAGGAGUCUUCAGCAUUAAAUAUACGUUAUUGAAGAAAAGCAGAACAAUCAAUAGUCCCACGUAGCUUCCCUGGGCUAUUCCUGGCGUAGAAGUAAAUGUGAGUGCCCGACAAUCUCCUCAAUCACAAUUAUCUUUCAAUUAGUGGUGACGAUUGAACCAGUGAAUUGUCAAUGCAUGCAAGCAGGCUGUGCAAAGAAAAGAAUGACAGCUCUAUCACUUCUUUUACGGUGUCAGUACAGUUAACCUCACUUUUCUUGACAGUUCGCUUGUACUGUUUACAUGGACUUAGAAAAAAUUGUGGACGACUAGAUUCGCUCGAAGCAAAUCGUAAAAAAAAAUUCUAAGUCCCUGUAAACAGUACAAGUGAACUGUCGAAAAUGAACACUCAGUUCAUUUGUGACAUCCCCGUAAAGUAUUCAAUGGCGAAAGUAGUGAAGCAACUACUGAUCAGCAUUUAAGGACAUUAUACAAGCGAGCCACAACAUAGCUCCUACGCAGCAUACACCCCUCUCCCCUUCCGAACCAUGUAUCUGACAUGAGCAAAUAUAAAAUACGUUUUUCGAUACACCAACCUUGUCGGUGUAUCACGAAACUGCUACUUGAGGAGGCCAGAACAUUUUCCUAUACAAUCAACCCGAGUUUUUGACGGAAUUUCAUCUGUAGCUCUUAUUUUGUGCGAAAAUAUCACCCCUCUUCUAUUGGGGUUUCUGUUCGAAACACACUUAUUUUUCUUCUUCUCACUUUCAGUCCACUUUUUCAAAUGCACUUUAAUCAUACACCCGCGAAACUUUAAUUGUUUACUAACAAAACUUUCUGCCAAUGUGCAGAUGACCGAAGGAAAAUGCCCGAAAACUCUCAUUUGUGCGUUUGAAUUUUCACUUCGAAUUCAAUUUUUGAAGUAGAAUACUUCUAACGUUUCAAUAUGGGGUCCCGUUUCAAAAAUUUCAGUUGAGAAAUUUUCCCAGAUUUGAAAUGCAAAUAUCUUCCGUUCUACUGGACGAAAUCGCAAUAUUUUUGCACUAUCUGAUCGGAAAUUUGUGCACGUAUUUCGUAUUAAAUUUCGGAAUUAGUGCGACUACUAUAAAUAAACCAAAACAAGGAUUUUUAGAAAAUCCUUCGGAAACAGCGAGGAAAAUGCGCAAUUUGCAGCAUAUCCCACGCAGAGCCGUCAAAAAGGAGCAUGUAAGCGUUUCAUUACAUACGGGAAUGUUAUAUAUACAGGUCACGCGAGCUUGUUUUGUAUCAGUGGGUGCUCGCUUACCACACGAGCAACAUGCUCGUCCGGACGGUACAAUGAGCGGUAUCAUGUUUGCGUUCCCUACCAAGCGUCAUCGCAAGGUUCUUCGUGAUAAAAUCCAGGGAAUCACCAAAUCCGCCAUUCGGCGUCUGGCUCGUCGUGGUAAUGUAAAAUGCAUUUCCGAUUUAAUCUACGAAUGCUGAUGGUGUGCAGGAAAAUGUCAUCCGAGAUGCCGUGACCUAUACUGAACACGCCAAGUGCAAAAUCUCAAUGAAUGUCGUCUAUACUCUGUAGCGGCAGGGACGCACAUUGUAUGGUAGAACUCACUUGUAUCAUUAUAAAAAAGGUCCUUUUCAGGGCCACCAAACUCAUUUCAAAGAAUAAGUUUGCAUUUUCUGUUUCAUGGACUGUUUCUCCUUGGGGAGCAAUUUGGGUUAAACCCUAAAUUAUGAUUUAUUUCAGUACGCAAAUUGCAAAUAUGGUCAGAAACAAACUGGAGUGAAGUGGAAAACAUUUUUACUAGGCGCAUUCAAAAAAGGUUUCAAUUCUCAAACAUUUUACCAAGGUGCCGUAUUACAUUACUCUCUUUACCCUAAGUGUUCGAUAAUCUCUGUAUUGGAAACACAAUUUCAAUUUUGUUCUUUAUCAAAAAUAUGUGGUCGACCAACGAAGGGGUGGAGCUUCGAAGAACACAUAUUGAGGACAACACAAAAAAGGACGAGCUUACAUUGUGCUGUAGUCAGGUAUAAAAACUCAGCAUGCUGUUGCUCACGCUCAGUUCGUUUACAGCAUCGGCAUGCAGCAGUUCGUUUGCAGCAUCUCUCGCAAAAUUCAAACUGCCGUCCGUUUGCUGCGGUCAGAAGAGUUGGCCAAGCACGCCGUCUCAGAUGGCACCAAAACUGUUACCAAAUACACCAGCUCCAAGUAAAUUCCGAACACUGCCCAAACAAAUGGCCCUUUUCAGGGCCAUCAAUUUAUCGACAAAGAAUGAAAUUGAAGUUUUGUUAUUACAAGCAUCAGAAAGUGGCUUGUCAAGAGCGUUGAAUGGUAAGUGAGCCACUUGUGAACAAGAUCGUCGCUUUCAAGUAGAAUGGCACAGGUUAGUGUAAUGAUUCAAUUUACAAAAAUCGAACGUUUUCUAACGUUUCGAUAUAGGUGGACCGUUUCAAAAUUUUCGGCCAGAAUGUUGCCUGUUUUUUUCUAAAAGUGAAAAUCUGCUGUUGUACUGAAUGAAAACCUUCAAUUUUUGCGCUGAUUGGAAAUAGUUGUGACUAGUUGUGUAGAAUGUAAAAUUACUGAAAAUAACAGAUUUUGUGAAAGCAGUGGUUGGUCCGUACAAUUCGAUUCCAAGCGAGCCAGACUAGUUUUCGUUGGAAGGUCCAUCUCUGACAAUAGAAAUAAACUAUUUUAUUUUGAAUUCAACUACAACUUCCUUGAAAACAGCACAGCUAAAAAACUUUUGGGAAAAACGCGCAAACCUAAAUUUUCCACUAUAAUAAAAACUAGUGCCCCCGCCGCACAGCAUCAUCAAGAUAGAUAGUAAUUCAAGCCGGGAGGAAAGGGGGAGGGAGGUUGUAAGGCAAUGGAAAAUUUCAUUUAUAAUAAUAAUACUUUAUAAUUGGCUGGUCCUGAAAAGAACUUGUUGGUUUGUGGUUCAUUUUGGGUCACAAUUUAGGCCCGCUCGAUUUCUGAUAGCUGUAAAUUUUUCGCAGGGCGACAGUUUCUGUUCGGUAGCGAUGAGGCUUCUUAACGCCAACCGUGACUGGGGCACUUUUACACGGCCUUCGUUGCCAACUGCUUGCGGGGAGCCUUUCCGCCGGUGGACUUACGAGCGGUUUGUUUGGUACAGGCCAUGUAGCGAAAAAUGCUGAUCUGCUACUUCUCUGAUGCUGGUAGUAGGACGACGGUCAAACGCUCGUUUUCGUGCCUUCAUUCAUAAAAGUUCAACAAUAUUUUCAAAGAAUGUUGCAAAUUGUCAACUUGAUAAUUCCAAACAUACUCCAAAUAAACUAUGUGCUAAAGUCGAUAAAAUCGCAUAGAAAUUGCUUAUUCCAGAGGAGAAUUUACCGGUCUAAAGUGUAUUCUACUUCACUCCGGUUAUGUCUCUGACAUUACCCACCCAUCUUUUUCUCAAUGUAAACAAACGCGUCGGUGCCUAGCAACAAGCGUGCGUUCCUGACUUCCACAUAUCUUCACCUUAAUGAGUUCGGAACGACAGUUUGUGAACACGAUAUGACUCCAAUCAAUCAUUAGAGCACACCUACGACGCGACCUGGCACUCCAUGAAACAUUCCGAAUGAAACGGUGAGUUUUUUACCGCCUGUCAUCAGUACAUUGGGUUACCUUGGAAAAGUGUAUAAAUUAAUUCGUCGUGCAAGUCUCAAAUUGCCACUUGAUGAUGUCAUUUCAAAACGACAGUUAUAUUUCUAAUACAUACGUGAAAACUUUACGUGGAGACGUCAGUUAAAUAUCAGUGAUUCACUUAGAUAGUAGAAAACACCCAUGCAUACAAUUUGAGAGUUUUAUUAAGACUUUCGAUUCAAAUACACACUACAUUCCAAGAACCGAUUCUUCCACCAGCUAUCUUCAGCACCAUUCAUCAUCUCCACUAUCACCAUCAUCGCCGUCGCCGUCAUCAUCAUCAUCAUACUCAUUCUCACUAUCCCCACCAGACGACAUGACGACAACCCCUACAUUACUGCAAAGGACCCGGUUCCCUCCUCCUCCCCCACACCAACAACAACGAGUAUAGUGUCUCGGACCGACAUCGGAGUGGCUGUCUCAUCUUAUUCAAAUUAAAUUAAAUUUUAAAAUUUUAAGCUCAGUGAAUAGUGAAAUUUAAAACGCCAACCAAAACUGUCUCUCUGGUCGGUGGCGGUGGUGGUCGUUGGCGAUGGUAGACGCCGUUCCCUCUCCUAGACUAGCCCCAUACCAACCCCAUUACACAGUGAAGCGACGGAUUGUAGUUAUGAGGAAUCAGAUGGGGAUGGGACGAAAAGAGAGAUGAAACUACACCAGGCGGAAAAUCGCACUAUAGUGAGAUGUGACAUUAUGCGAAAUGAAAGUUAUGAAUUUGUCGCUUUGAAGCGAGUGAAGUUUUGCAACUAGAUCCUGGAAGGAAAUUGCAGCAUAGUUUGAAGAUUUGUCGUGAUAUGCUUGAUGAGGCUGACGGUUGUCAAAAUUAGUUCGAUUAUCUAGAUAUAGGUUGGAUAAUCGUGUGGGUAUGUUCGUUCCGGAGGUAUGUUCGUCAGAAAAUGAUAUCCAUUGUCGGAAUUGUCCUAUUUGUGUCUAAAUAAAAUUCAGUGCAUCCUGCACUCUGACAAAAAGUUGUAGCAACCAAAGUCUUGGUGAUACGCCAUCUGUACGUCGAACUAUUGCGUUAUGACCCAAUUCAGCGGUUCUAGUUGGUAUUGACCCGCUUUGACAAUUGCAUUUGGAGGAAAUCAAAUCAUUUUCACGAAGAAUUUGGAGAAAAACGCCUUCCAGGCUCAAGGGAAGCGAAAAAAGUGAGAAUUCAGAAUGCGUACAAUAGGCGAAUCUCAAUUAAAUCUUUUAAUUGCAAGGUUUACCCAAGUGUCAUUACAUAUCACCCGUAUAAGAAAAACAGUAGCAGCUGCUUGCUCCACCGACGAAGUAGGCCAGUCGAGCAUCAGAUGACAAGUGUGGAACAAUCGACAGAAAGGAAGCAAAUUUUUGAAUAGACAUCACGCCAACAUAAGCUCAUCAAAACAAAUUACUCUCAUGGAGUUAAAGUGCACAUAAUAUUAAUUAAAAGGUGACAUUAGGAUAUAGUAAAUUUGCAGCUAACAUUAUCGUUGAAGUAUGUAAGUGAGAAAGCUUUAUGUAUAUUGUUUUGAUUUUCGAUAAAACAGAUAUUCACAAGUUUAACAUGCUGCACAGGUAAAGCUGAGAUUAAGAAUCAUACAUAUAAACUUUGAAGAUGAUUACUGUAAAAAAAUACAGAAAACCCCUAGGUAAAAUUGGAGCAAAUGAUCAAAUUCUGUGGAAUCCACAAAUCAGCAAAUUUCACACUUGAAGGAAUGAAAAGACUUUUAUUCUAUAGCAGGGGGAAUGGGAAAAUAGUACAUGCCUAGUAAAAUUUACUAGUCAAAACAAAGAAGAAAAGAAACUAUAUCAUAACACGUGGAACAAAACUUAUAAUAAAUUAUUUCCAAAUUGCCAAACAUUACAAAAAAGGACACAUUAAACUAAGCCUGCGCAAUUCUUACUUUUACGAGUAAAAAUCAUGUAACCAUACCGAAUAAUUAUGAAUUAUAACCCGGACUACAAGCAGCCACUGGUGAGAGGCACAAAAAAACCCUUCGCAUUUGAAUUUCAAAUAUGUACACCUAUACGCAUAAAAACAAAUUCGCGAGAGAAAAAAAUCCAAUUAGCCAACUCCCAACUGCACUGAACACCGUGGAGCGCGUAGUGGUCAAAUGAAUCUCGAUUGCAGGGGGCGCGUAUAGGGAUUUAUGACGGCUGCAAAACUAUACACAGCCCAGCUACGGGUUGAUUGCAAACCAAAAAAAAAGACAACAAAAAAACUAGAAGUUCAGCAUUAAUUGGAAGAUUAUUUAAUAAAAACACUGUAUAACAACGAGAGAGAG